UGUUUAGUGGCCUACGUGAUUUAAAUACAUACAUAUGCAUGAAUGCACAUGUAUGUAUGUAUGUGUUGUUGGCGCUGUUGGUGAAAUUGUGUAAAUAGCAAAUUGGCCAAAACCAUCGCAUUUCGCUAUAAUUGCAAAAAAAACUGAAUGCGCCUCGAGAACAGCUGCAAACGCGAUAAACAGUAUUUGUUGUUGUUGUUGUUGUGCGUGUGUGUGCAAGAGAGUGUGAGAACGGGUGCGGGGCUGCAAGCAAGAAAAAACACCCACUCGAAAUCGGUGUCGCUGUGACGACGCGUUCAAGGUUAAAUUCGGUCGAAGUCGUAGACGCCAAUGCGAGUAUGUGUGUGCGCCGCUUAAGCAACUAAGACCAGGGGACAAGGCAAGGACACGCACGGUUCAUCUCGGGCAUGGAGAGACAACAAAAACAGAUACAGACGCCCCGCUGUGCCAUCUGCGGCACUACCGAGCAGCUGCUUCGCUGUGCCAAAUGCAAAACCAUCUACUACUGCUCCACAAAUCAUCAGCACAUCGACUGGUCCUCGCAUCGCCAGGAGUGUCGCUUGCUGGCGCGCCAGAAAAACAACAAUAAGAUGCAACAAAUGCAACAGUUGCAGCAGGCAGUGGCAGCCACGUCGUUGGAUGGAGGUCACAACGGGGCCAAUUGCUCCACAGCGCAAAUGAUGACGCCCGCAGCCCAGGCCCAGAGCUGGCCUAAUGAGAUGAACAAUUUGUUAAACUAUCUGGACAGUGCGUCGGACGCAUCAGUGCCAGCUAUAGUUAAUAGCAAUAGCUAUAAUAUGGAUAACAAACUGAUGCCACCACCGCCGGCACCGCCCAGCAGUGCAAGUAGCAGUCAGAGCCGGAAUCAGAGCGAGAAAAGCUCCAGCUAUCAGAUUGGCAUGACGGAUGCCAAUUUCAUGGGCACCGGCAGUGAACGUCGCUAUGAGGAUUUGUGUCGGAACAUUAUUAACGAUAUGAAUCAGUAUGGCCUUUCCGUGGUCGACGACUUCCUGGGCAUGGAAAAGGGACUGCAAAUUCUGAAUGAGGUGGGCUGCAUGUAUAACUCGGGCGCCUUCCAGGAUGGCCAACUCGUCCACAAUAUGCGCACGGACGCUAGAUCGGCGGUGCGUGGUGAUAAAAUACGUGGUGAUAAAAUCAAAUGGGUGGGUGGUACAGAGCCCGGCUGCAGCAAUGUUUGCUAUUUAACCAAUCAGAUUGAUUCUGUUAUUUAUCGUGUGAAUACAAUGAAGGACAACGGCAUCCUUGGCAAUUAUCACAUCAGAGAGCGUACGAGGGCUAUGGUCGCUUGCUAUCCUGGCUCUGGCACACAUUAUGUGAUGCAUGUGGAUAAUCCGAAUAAGGAUGGACGCGUUAUUACAGCCAUUUACUACCUGAAUAUCAAUUGGGAUGCGCGCGAGAGUGGCGGCAUUUUGCGAAUUCGUCCCACGCCUGGAACUACAGUGGCUGAUAUUGAGCCGAAGUUCGAUCGCUUAAUAUUCUUCUGGUCAGACAUACGGAAUCCGCACGAAGUCCAACCCGCGCAUCGUACACGUUACGCCAUUACUGUGUGGUAUUUCGAUGCGAAGGAGCGCGAGGAGGCGCUGAAUCGUGCCAAGCAAGAGAAUAGCCGGAAUAACGCCAUUGCAGCGCAACAGGCCGAACCCGACUCCACAACACCCGCCCCAGCCACAGCUCCCGCCAGCAGACCCCUAACGCCUGCCAGCAUGUCGACGGGCAGCGCGUUAAACGCAAAUGUGCCGUCAAACAGCAAUUCCUGUGCAACGGGCAGCGAGAUAUGCACGUAACGCCUCUGUACCUGUUAAGUAGUGAACAACAACAACAAAAAUAACAGCAACAACACUACAGUAUGCAUAUACAUCUAUAUAUAUGUACAUUAGAUAACCUCUUUAACUAUUUAAACAACGAUGCUAGGAUCUUAGCGAAUGGAACAUGUCAAUGUCUUCUUUGGCUGCCGCAACCAAAAAUUUGUAAAUUAAUUUAACACACUCACACACACUAACAUACGCAUAUAAACAUUGUAAAAAUCUAGUUAUACUAUUUAUAACACUACACCUACACCUUAUUGUAAAAGUAAAUCAAAGCUCCUUUAGUUCAUAAGUUUAUUUCGUUUUAAGUCGUACACAUUUAGGUAACUGCCUUGUCAGCCCUCAAGUCGUUUGUUUUAAAUAGAUUAUUCACUAUUUUGUUUACUUUCCCCUCACCGUCGCCUAGUUAGCUACGAAAGUAUUAUCUUUAACUGAAGCAACAGCUAAAACACUAAACAAUUGGCCAUCUCAAAUAUUGUAUCAAUGCCGAUUUAUUAAACCAAUACAAACAACUCAUUCAAUUUGGUCA